UCAUUUCCUAAUAGAUUGUUUCAUUCUUCCUCUCCCAGAGAAGUAACCCUUAUAACAAAGAGAGAAGGAACAAUUCUGUAAAACUCACCAACACAUCAACUAAGUUUAGCAUUAUAUGCAGUGUUCCACACCUCUACUAUUCCACACCUGUAGUGCUCUACCCCUACAAAAAAGGGAGGAAGUUGUCUUUUCAUAUCUUUUCCCUGGGACCAGUUUGGUCAUUAUGAUAUGUAGCAUUCAGUUUUGAAUUUUGUGUUUUUUGUUCCGUCUUCAUUGUCAUAGUUGCUGUGUUUAUUUUCCAGGUUUUACUUGCUUCACUUUGUAUCAGUUCAUAUGAAGUCUUCUUAUGCUUUUCUGAAUGAUAUUUUGGUGCAUUUGGGAUUUUUUCUACUGUCUUGAUGGCAUCUCAAUGUCCCUUGAAGUCUGAGAAUUUCAGGAAAGACUGAUCCUAGCAAUGGGCAUUGCUCUUGUCCUAGGACUCAGUCUUCAUGUUUUUCUUUUGGACACUAGGAAACGCCUACUCAGGCCUUACUUGGUUCAGAACUCCUGGGAACCUUUGUUCUCUUAAGGUCAUUCUAGUUACUGAAGUAUUCUGCUUCUCCAUAAAGACAUGCUCUUAUUCCUAAGCAACCUCAAUGGAAUUCUAGAAUCUUAAAGCCAGAUCUUACAGGUGAACAAGGUGAUGUCCAUCUUGUUUUAUGUGAUAUUUCUCGCUUAUCUCCGUGGCAUCCAAGCUAACAACAUGGAGCAGAGGAGUGUGCCAGAAGAUUCGCUAAAUUCUCUCAUCAUCAAAUUGAUCCAGGCAGACAUUUUGAAAAACAAACUCUCCAAGCAGAUGGUAGAUGUUAAGGAAAAUUACCAGAGCACCCUGCCAAAAGCCCCCCAGGGCCCAGAGGGGGUAGAGCCCUUGAAAUCAGACUUCCAGCCAGUGGUUGCAAUGGAUACAGAAUUGUUGCGCCAACAGAGACGCUACAACUCUCCUCGGGUCCUGUUGAGUGACAGCACCCCUUUGGAACCCCCACCCUUGUACCUUAUGGAGGAUUUUGUGGGUAACCCAGUGGUGGUGAACAGAACUUCCCGACGAAAAAGGUAUGCUGAGCACAAGAGUCAUCGUGGGGAGUAUUCUGUGUGUGACAGUGAGAGUUUGUGGGUGACAGACAAGUCAUCUGCCAUCGACAUUCGGGGACACCAGGUAACUGUGCUGGGGGAGAUCAAAACCGGCAACUCUCCUGUCAAACAGUAUUUUUAUGAAACCAGAUGUAAAGAAGCCAGACCUGUCAAAAAUGGCUGCAGGGGAAUUGAUGACAAACACUGGAACUCUCAGUGCAAAACUUCGCAGACCUAUGUCCGAGCACUGACCUCAGAGAACAACAAACUUGUGGGCUGGAGGUGGAUAAGGAUAGACACAUCCUGUGUUUGUGCCUUGUCAAGGAAAAUCGGAAGAACAUAAGUUGGCAUCUCUCCCCAUAUAUAAAUUAUUACAUUAAAUUAUAUGAUAUGCAUGUAGCAUAUAAAUGUUUAUAUUGUUUUUAUAUAUUAUAAGUUGACCUUUAUUUAUUAAACUUCAGCAACUCUACAGUAUAUAAUCUUUUCUCCCCAAUAAAAUCAGUGUGCUUGUCUCCCUUCA